AUGUCAUUCAACCAGAACAGCUCACAAAGUAAACCUCUUAUUGAAAAAGAAACUACUCAAACUAGAAAAGUGAAGAAAAUUGGGUUGGUGUCUGAAGCUUCAUCUAGGACCAAGGUGGGCGGACAGGCUGGUCCUAACCAAACCAUCAGAACUUCAACUUCUAAGUCUCUCGCUGCAAGUUCCUUGUUAACCACUCCCCUCAAGCACCAACCUGGAGCCUCUGGCAGAGAGGGCAGGGCUGCCACCACACAUUUGGGCAUUCCAGUGCUCAAGAGUAAAGACACAAGUAGAAAUAAAUCUCUUGGAGGACCAUCACUUGGACCCUCACCAGCAGCUCAUUAUAAGCCAAAGACAAGCCCACAUCCUGAGACUCCCUCUCGCUCCUCUCUCCCCCACACAACACCUGUGUCUAGAGUCCCCCAACGCAAAACCUUUGGACCAUCCAAAAGCCAACCAGGAACCAGUGAGACUGCAAAGACUCCAGUUUCUACUGGAGUAGCAAAACACUUGACACCUUUCAAAGUCCCAAUCUUUAAAUCAAGACUCACCAAAGCAGCCAAGACCAGUGAACCAGUGUUGACUGCUGUAAAGUCCACAGCUCCCUCCAAAUGCCUUCCAAACGGCUCCAUCAGUCCACAGGUGAAGCCCACCACAAAGCACCAUCGUCCAUCUGCCUCUGCCCACUUCUUUAACUGUUUACUUCGAAAUAUCCACCUCCUGUCGGGAUGCAAGAGGAAUAUUGUGAUUUUUCAAACAGUGGACCAGAGCAAGCCUAAAGUCGGCCUUCGUCUCCAGCAGCAGCAGCAGAGUGAGAAGUGCUUGUCCAGAGCUCCUCAGGGCCCAGCAGCUCGGGAUGUGGCGCCCAAGGGAGUCGUCGAUGCCCGGAGGAAUGGAGCCAACAUCCAGCACCUCCAGGCCCAGCUCAGAUACAGCAACAGCAGAUUUGAGGCGUUCACGGUUGUGCUGCAGCAGACUCUGGCUCAGCGAGACGAGGCGGUGCGGCAGAGCAGGGGGCUGUCCCAGGAGCUGCUGGAGCUGAGGGGAGAGCUGGUAAACACCGUGAACAGGUCUCAGUGCCUGGUUCAGGAGAAGGAGUGUCUGAAGGCGUCGCUGCAGGAGGCUCUGGAGCAGCUUCAGACUCAGCACCAGAGGGACCUGGAAGAUCUGGAACAGAGACUGAGAGAAACUUAUGAGCAAGAGAGGAGGGCGAGCGAGCAGAGGAGCAGAGAGGAGAGAGAGAGGAGCACACACUCUCUGCAGCAACAGUUGGAGGAGCUCAAAGCGUCGCACGAAGCCCUGAGGCUGGACCUGGAGCAGAGCCACGACCAGCAGCUGCUCAGUCUGAGGCAGCAGCACCAGAUCUCACUGCAGGAACUCAUCACCAGCCAAACUGAGGAGCUGCAGUCUCUCAACAAAACACUGAAAGAUGCAGAAAUGGUUUUAAAUGAGAAGAUCCAGGAGCUGACUCGUGAGAACAAGGCUCUGAUGGAGAAACUCGCAGAGGAAGAAAACAGGAGGCGGGAGAUGCAGAAGGACUCCCACACUGUGUAUCUGGAGCAGGAGCUGGAGAGCCUCAAAGUCGUGCUGGACCUCAAAAACCAACAGCUGCAUCAACAAGAGAAGAAAAUCAUGGAGGUGGACAAACUGACGGAGAGAAAUUUGAAGCUGGGAGAAAGUCUGUGCAAAGUCCAGCAGGAGAAUGAGGAUCUGAAGGCUCGGAUGGACAGACACGCUGCUUUAUCGAGACAGUUAUCCACAGAACAGGCCCAGCUCCAGGAGUCGCUGCAGAAGGAGUCGAAAAUGAACAAGCGUCUGUCCAUGGAGAACGAGGAGCUGGUCUGGAAGCUCCACAACGGGGACCUGAGCAGCCCCCGCAGGUCCAGCCCCGGCGGCCGCUCGCCCUCUCCCCUCUUCAGCAUCCACUCCCCUCGCUCGCCCUCGCUCUUCUCCAGCCCCCCAGUGUCGCCCAGAUAA